AUGGACUCUAGAACAGUGGGAAUCUUAGGCGGUGGCCAACUAGGCCGUAUGAUUGUCGAAGCAGCUAACAGGCUUAAUGUUAAAACGGUGAUUCUGGACGCUCCCAACUCUCCUGCGAAACAAAUUAACGCAUUAACAGAGCAUGUUGAUGGCUCGUUUGCCAACCCAGCAGACAUUGAAAAGAUAGCAGCCAAGUGCGAUGUAUUAACGGUAGAAAUCGAACAUGUAGAUGUUCCCACUUUGCAAAAAGUUCAAAAAACGUAUCCCAAGCUUGAAAUUUACCCAUCCCCAGAAACUAUCCAGCUCAUUCAAGACAAAUAUCUACAAAAAGAGCAUUUGAUCAAGAAUGACAUCGCCGUUGCAGAAAGUGUGGCUAUUGAAGAAGCUUCUGAGCAAGCCUUGGCGGAUGUUGGUUCCAAAUUUGGGUACCCUUAUAUGCUUAAGUCCAGGACUUUAGCCUACGACGGCCGUGGCAACUUCGUGGUCAAAUCCAAGGAAUCUAUUCCGGAGGCCUUAAUUGCGCUUCAGAACCGACCCUUGUAUGCUGAGAAGUGGGCUCCUUUCACCAAAGAACUGGCGGUGAUGAUCGUCCGUUCCAUCAACGGCAAAGUUUACUCAUACCCAGUCGUGGAAACAAUCCAUCAGGAUAACAUAUGCCACUUGUGUUUUGCACCAGCUCGAAUUCCAGACUCCGUUCAGUUGAAGGCGAAACUAUUGGCCGGGAAUGCUAUCAAGUCCUUCCCUGGCUGUGGGAUUUUUGGCGUUGAAAUGUUCUAUCUCGAGAACGGCCAACUGAUGAUCAAUGAAAUUGCACCCAGACCACAUAACUCUGGCCACUUCACUAUAGAUGCAUGUGUAACCUCCCAAUUUGAGGCACAUGUCAGAGCUAUUUUGGGGCUACCGCUCCCAGCAAAUUUUGCCUCUUUAUCCACCUCGAAUACUAAUGCCAUCAUGUUGAAUGUCCUAGGUGACAAGGUCAAAGAUAAAGAGUUGGAAACCUGUGAGCGUGCCCUGCAAACCCCUGGCGCGUCCGUCUAUCUGUAUGGCAAAGAAUCAAGACCUCAAAGAAAAAUGGGCCACAUAAACAUUGUAAGUUCCUCAAUGCAGCAAUGUGAAAGAAAGCUGCGCUACAUCACUGGUGAAAGUGAUGAAGGAUCUGGCGCUAGAGCUGUGGAAGACCUUGAAUCGAAUAUUUCAGGUUUAUCCAAGAGACCGGAAGUGGGUGUCAUUAUGGGAUCAGAUUCUGAUCUACCAGUAAUGAGUGCCGCUUGUAAAAUCUUGGCUCAGUUUAACGUUCCUUACGAGGUCACCAUAGUUUCGGCUCACAGAACUCCCCACAGAAUGAGCAAAUACGCGGUAGAAGCUUCUAAGCGUGGCUUGAAAGCUAUCAUCGCAGGUGCUGGUGGUGCCGCACAUCUCCCUGGUAUGGUUGCUGCCAUGACCCCUCUGCCGGUGAUUGGUGUCCCAGUCAAAGGUUCUACUCUUGACGGUGUUGACUCUUUGCAUUCCAUCGUACAAAUGCCAAGAGGAAUUCCUGUUGCAACUGUUGCGAUCAACAAUAGUACAAAUGCAGCACUUUUGGCAAUCAGAAUUCUAGGUGCUUUUACGCCUGCAUACCACGAAAAGAUGCAAGAGUUUUUGGUAAAGCAAGAGGAGGAGGUUUUGAUUAAGGCAGAAAAGAUCGAAACCAUUGGCUACGAACGCUACCUGGAUGGCAAAUAA